CGCAAAAAGGAGAGCUUUGAUCAAAUCCCAAGCCGUCAAGAAGAGGGAAUCCGGCGAGGUGGUUCCUAAGGUGUCGGCUUCAGCACCUAAGAGGAAACCAACAUCAAAAUCUGACCGUCCGUUUAAGCAACCAAAAGUCUCACUUGAGCCCGUGGUUGGUUUGAUGGCAGAGGGUGUCAAGACCGUCACCCCAGCUAAGAAGGGGACGGGUAAAGGACUGAUGACGGCCCCAGAGGGUAAGCAAGAAAGACCUCCUUCCCUUCUCCGUGAUGACUCCAAGUAUGCAUUGGAGAAGCUGUCGUCCAUCAUCACGGCAGAAGACUAUGAAGACCUGGGAAACCAUUCGACGGAGGCCAUGGGGGAGACGGGCCUCUUCUCCGUCGCUCAGUCCUUGGUCAUGAUGAAGGGACUACUUGACCGGUGUCUCAACCGUGAGAGUACCUUGGACCGGGUGCGCGCGAAGGCGCAGCAGACGGAGGAAGAGCUCGGACAACUUCAGAGAUGGAGGUCCAAGAUGGAGAAGAAGCUGGAGCUUUCUGAGCAGGCGAGGAAGGAGCUGGAGGAGAAGACGGCCACUUCGCUGACGGUCAUAGAGAAUAAAGAGGCUGAGAUCAAACAACUCAAAGAAGAUCUCCGUCAGGCUAAAGUGGCAGCCGUCGAGGAAUACCGAUGCUCGGAGUCCUGUUUGAGCGAGCUGUCGGACUCCUUCCUCCAAGGAUUCGAUGAUUCCCUCCGUCAAGUCCGUCCUCUUUCCUGA